AUGGAGAAAUCGAAUAACGAUUCCAUCCAAGUCAUAAACUUAGAAGAAUCGGUUCCUGAAUGUGCUGAAAUGGUAAACAUAGAAAAAUCAAUCAACGAUCCUAUCCAAGUUAUAAACUUAGAAGAAUCGAUUCCUAAUGCUACCCAAAAUACAGCCACAGAUAAGUCAGGUCUUGAUAUUAGUAUCAAAAAUGCUCUAUCGGGAGAAGACUCUCCUCUAAAGAAAUCACCGGCUGACUGGUCAGAGAAGCGGUUUGUUUGUAAUAUUUGCAACAAAGGAUUUAGGCGGAAAUGUAGACUUGAUUCACAUCUUACUACACAUGCUGAAGGUAAAUACUAUUCUUGUGAAGAAUGUGGUAAAAUUCUUGCAAGAAAAGACAGUCUAAAAUUUCAUAUGGAGAUUCAUAAUAGAUCUAAGAUAUUCGAUUGCGAACAUUGCCCCAAAACAUUUGCACAAAAGCGCUAUUUAAUUAGACAUCUCCGAGUGCACACUAGAGACAAGAUGUUUAGUUGUGAUUAUUGUGAUAAAACCUUUCUGGACAAAAGAAAUUUUGUUAUGCAUUACCGAUUACACACUGACGAAAGACCAUUUACAUGUACUGAAUGUGGUCGCUGUUUUCAUCAUAAAAACAGUCUCACUGCUCAUUAUAUUACUCAUAUGGAAGAAAAGGCUUAUGCCUGUGUUGUUUGUGACAAAAAAUAUGCAUAUAAAAGUUCACUGAGGUCACACUAUCUUACUCAUACACGAGAGCGCCCCCAUGUUUGUGAUAUCUGCCAGAGAAGUUUUAGUGAAAAAAAUAAUCUCAGACGACAUUAUCUGAUUCAUGCUAAAAUUAAGCGUUAUACUUGCCAAAUUUGUGAUAAAAGUUUUACUCAUUCUAACAGUCUGAAGUCUCAUCUACAGACACAUCCCAUGGAAAAUGAAGAGAAACCUGAGGAAAUGGAAAUUAAACCAGAUAUUAUUGUUGAAACGUAG